AUGACAAUUCUCGGUUCAAUUCCAAUCAUUUUCGAAAAUCACUUUCAAAUAAUGCGGUUUUUGUCAGCAUUUGCUCUGGCUCUUCAAAUCAAAUAUCUCACCGCCGGAAAUUAUACCUUCGAGCCGGAUGUACUGCUCUCUCCACCAGCUCCAUUCUUCUCUUUCAAAUACAUUGAUCGUAUUUCUACAAUUAAUGAAAUUGCUAAAGGAAUCGAUAUUCAAGCUGAUUUGAUGAAUGGAAAAGUUGGUGAGAUUCUGAAUGUGACGUCUUCCGAUAUGGUUAACUUUGGAUUUGACAAAAUUGUUGAGUUGACUGAUCAUUUGAAGGAUAUUUCAAUGAAAAGUAGCAAAGAAGUUAUUGGAUUAGAAUCUGAUGCAUUGAAAUAUGACACAUUCAUUCAUAACUUGGAAUCCGUUAGCGAUAGUUUCAAAUUUCCUGGAAAAGAUGAAUAUUACGUAGAAGUGGAGAAUGUCACCAAAUUUAAUUUUCUAAAGCUUGAAAGAAUCAUGGAAGUGUUCCAUAGUAUAAACCUAGAUUUAGCUAAGAUUUCUAUGUUUUAUCCGCAGGGACUUAAUGAAGAACAAAAAAACGUACUUGCCGAGUUUUUUGGCGGAGUGGCAAGAUUGUCAGAAAUUGAUAUGAAAGAUGUAACCAAAUUGGUUACUCCUGUGAAGUUUUUGACCAAUGGGACUUCUGUGUUCGAACCUUUCAAGGAUGUUGUAAAGCUUAUGAAUCUCCGGGAAGCGCUUCCACGUCAGUAUUCAGAACAUGACCAAUCUCUGAUGAGCAAAAAUCUGAAACAAGUGAUGAAUAUGGCAAAGGGUCUUAAAUCAUCCGGUGGAGAUAUUAAGAGAUUGGAAAACCUGAGAAGUAAUACCAAAGAACUGGAGAUGGUUGAUUUGAAAAAUAUAGGAGAUCCAUGGUUGGGUAGGAUGUUCAAAGUGAGAAGAGCAUCACUUGAUAAGUUGGCAAAUAGCUUCAAGCCAUUACCACUUGCGUUGGAAAUUCUCAAUAAUUUCAAUAAUGAGUUGAAAGUUGUUGCUGGAAGUUCUCAGAUGUAUGAUGGAUUCGAACAGUUGAGUGCAUUGCUCUUAUCGAUACCAGACGGCAUUGAACAUGUUACAGCAUUUAUGAACAAAAUCUAUGAGUGCAACUCACCAGUCGAUGAAAAGUUUGAAAGUCAAUUUAAAACACUCAUGCUUAAUGUGGGUAAAGUUCAAGAUUUGUUCAAUGUUUUGGUUGACCUUUCUUCAAUUGAGAAUAAAUUUAAAAAAUUGAAACGAAAAGUAAUGCUUCUCUCGCCAAUCAAUUUAGAUAAACAUUUGAUCAGAGUAAAAGUGGAAGGAAUAUUGGAAGAAUUACAACAGCUUACUUUGAGUUAUUAUGAAAAACUUCUUCCAUUUCAACCUUAUCGCAAGUAUAAAAAGCUAUUAAAAAAAUUGAUUAACGGGAGAAAAGAGUUUGCUGACAAAGUAGACAACGAAUUAUCAGUAAUCAAAUGUCUUCAACAGUUGAAACAGGACUCUGAGCACUUUCAAAAAGUGAUUCAAGUGAUUCAAAAGAUGAGGAACCUGGAUAAGGACUCUGUUCAGAACAUUCAAGGGAUACCCUCAGUUGUUUCAGAGUUUUUGAAGAAUCUUGCAAAAGUCAGAGAGAUUUCUGAUAAAAUGAAGGAAAACUCAAACAACAAGACAUUUGUGAUGAAUGCUUUGUCGUUUAACAAAUCAGAUUCAAUUAAAAGUAUCGUUUCUUCUGUACAAAAUGUCUAUGGCCUGCUAGACUUGGAAGCCCCAAUCAAUCUGCUGAAGAAUGUCGACACCAUUGUUCUCGAGGAGAUUGACAAAGCUCAAGAUUCAGCAAAUCUCAAGUCUCAAUGGGGAGAUCACAAGGCUGAUAUGGAAUCUCUGGAAGCCACCAUGACAUCAGCUAAAGCUUUUGUUUCGGAACUCGAAGGUUGCAGAGCUAAAACAUUGCUGGAAUACACGGAUCCAUUGAAGAAUCUAUCAAAGAUCCCUGAUGUCAAAAUGAAUGCAAGUGAGAAAUCCAAAGUGAUUGAGGAGCUGAUUAAACAGAAUAGUAACGAUGAUUUGAUAGCUGCAAAGGAGACACUCGACAAGAUUGCUGUCAUGAAUCUUCAGUUUUCUAGUGCUCAAUAUCCAGAAGCUUCGUUCAAGGCUCUUCAGGACGUGUUGCUCACUUUUUAGAACCAAACUGCAGUUUAAAAUGGUGUGAGAUGUUACUAUCAGUCGCCGGCUUAUGGCAAUCAAUUGAACUCUCAUCCGUAUCAAUAAAUGGCCUAUGUGAAAU